UAACGAUAGGUAUUACUUCGUCGAUAAUUUUAACGAUUUUUUUCGGGUAUAAAUAACGGAGCCGCGGACGAUUUCGACAAACACAGGAAAAUCGCACAAGUUACAUACGUAGCAAUAACAAACAUUCAAGAACCAUGAAAGCCAUGAGAUUCUUACUUUGCGUUGCAGUCAUUUUUAUGAUUGCCUUUAUUUCUGCGAGCAAUGCUAACCCAGAACCUAAUCCUUCGCCAGAGGCGGAUCCGGAAGCGAUUAACAUAAGGAAAAUCUUAGGAAAACUUGCAGUAGCGUUGUCUCACUUGGCAUAACCGACCUCGACGAUACGUGUACGACGGGUGCAGGCACGACCAAAAGCUUUUAAAUCUGACGAGUUUAUAUGCAUAUAUGUAUACGUAACUAAUUCGAAACAUGUAGAAAUUGGCCAUAUAAAUUUUUUGUCGUUUGACUAGACAUAUAAAACUUUU